UAAUCCACUCACCCUUCUCGCUUAAUCCACAAUCUCAAAUGCCGCCGUAGCAGAGCAGAGUCCCAUGCUUUCUCGGGAAACAGAGCAGUAGAUGAGAUAGAUAGCGUCAGCGGCAACCGCUUGCGGUACGCGCCAUAAAUAAUAAUUGGGAGAUAAAUGCCAGCACUGGUAGCUUGCCAGCUCCCAACUCCUAGCAAGCCAUAACUGCAAGAAAGCAACGGCAGCAAGAAACCUUGGAACCACCGGAGCAGAGAUCGCGGCGGCGAUGGCGGCCAAGGGGAGGACGGAGCUGGAGGUGGGGGCGGACGGCGUCGCCGUCAUCACCAUCUGCAACCCGCCGGUUAACUCGCUCUCCAUCGACGGUCCGCUGAGUUGCUGAAUUUGAUGAGGGGAGAUGUAAAAUUGCUUCCGUCGUGUCAAUUAUUGCAGCCGCUGUGCUUAAUUUUGUACUCCGUGAUCUGUAUGAUCCGAGAUUGGGGCUUUUGCGUCUUAUAUAGCUUAAAGGAAAGCUAUGAAGAAGCCCUUCGGAGAAGCGAUGUCAAAGCCAUUGUUGUUACAGGGAAAGGAGGAAAAUUUUCUGGAGGAUUUGAUAUUAGUUCUUUCGGUGGUGUUCAGGGAGGCCAAAUGAUGCAACCAAAGGUUGGUUAUAUAGCAAUUGAUAUCCUCACAGAUACCGUAGAAGCUGCGACAAAGCCAUCGGUGGCAGCAAUAGAUGGUCUUGCUCUUGGCGGUGGAUUAGAAGUUGCCAUGGCAUGCCAUGCACGUAUUGCAACUCCAAUGGCUCAAUUAGGGCUUCCAGAACUUCAACUUGGAAUUAUUCCAGGAUUUGGAGGAACACAACGACUCCCACGUCUUGUUGGACUGACAAAAUCUCUGGAAAUGAUGUUGCUAUCUAAGCCAAUCAAGGGUGGUGAGGCACAUGAACUGGGUUUGGUUGAUGCCUUAGUUUCUCCUAAUGAUUUGGUGAAUACUGCUCGUCAAUGGGCUUUGGAUAUAUAUGAACUUAGGAGGCCAUGGAUCAAAAGCCUUUACAAGACUGACAAGCUAGAACCUCUUGGAGAGGCUAGGGAAAUUCUGAAGUUUGCAAGAGCUCAAGCUCAAAAGCAAGCAGCUAAUCUUCGCCACCCACUUGUUUGUAUUGAUGCUGUUGAAGAAGGCAUAGUUGCAGGACCAAGAGCAGGGCUCUGGAAGGAAGCAACUGCUUUCCAGGACCUGCUUUUUUCAGAUACAUGUAAAAGUUUGGUCCAUGUGUUUUUCUCUCAGAGGGCAACAUCAAAGAUUCCAGGUGCAACAGACUUGGGGUUGAUGCCUAGGAAAAUAAGUAAAGUUGCCAUAUUAGGUGGUGGACUUAUGGGUUCAGGAAUUGCAACUGCAAUGAUAUUAAGUAACUAUCCUGUGAUACUUAAAGAAGUAAAUGAAAAGUUUCUAAAUGCUGGAAUUGACAGAAUCAAAGCCAAUUUGCAGAGCCGGGUGCGGAAAGGGAAAAUGACCAACGAGAGAUAUGAGAAGGCUAUGUCUCUUGUCACAGGUGUCGUUGAUUAUGAACAUUUCAAAGAUGUAGACCUAGUUAUUGAGGCAGUUAUAGAGAAUGUGAAGUUGAAGCAGCGGAUAUUUUCUGACUUGGAGAAGUACUGUCCUUCCCAUUGUAUCCUUGCUACUAACACAUCUACAAUUGAUCUUAAUCUAAUUGGAGAGAAAACAAAGUCUCAAGAUCGUAUUGUUGGUGCACACUUCUUUAGUCCUGCGCAUGUAAUGCCACUUCUGGAAAUAGUCCGUACCCAGCGCACCUCACCACAAGUUGUUGUUGACUUGUUGGAUGUCGGGAAGAAGAUAAAAAAGACACCAAUAGUGGUUGGGAACUGUACUGGCUUUGCAGUUAACAGGAUGUUCUUUCCGUACACUCAAUCAGCACUCUUUUAUGUUGAUCUUGGUAUGGAUGUUUAUAAGAUUGAUCGUGCCUGUACCAAAUUUGGAAUGCCCAUGGGUCCUUUCAGACUGGCAGACCUGGUUGGAUUUGGUGUGGCCGUGGCCACUGGUAUGCAAUACCUCGAAAACUUCCCAGAGAGGGUCUACAAAUCAAUGCUACUUCCUCUCAUGAUGGAGGACAAUAGGGCAGGUGAGGCCACGCGAAAGGGAUUUUACAAGUACGAGGGAAAGAGGAAGGCCACUCCUGAUCCUGAAAUCACGAAAUAUAUUGAAAAGUCUAGAAGCAUGGCAGGAGUUACAACAGAUCCUGAGUUGCUGAAGCUAAGUGAGAAAGACAUAGUUGAGAUGGUGUUUUUCCCGGUGAUAAAUGAAGCCUGCCGGGUCCUUGAUGAGGGUAUCGCGGUCAAAGCUUCUGACCUUGACAUUGCGUCCAUCUUUGGCAUGGGAUUCCCACCUUACAGGGGAGGUGUUAUGUACUGGGCGGAUUCCAUCGGUGCAAAGUACAUUCAUGGAAAGUUGGAAGAGUGGACAAACCGGUAUGGCGGCUUCUUCAAGCCUUGUUCUUACCUUGCUGAAAGAGCUGCAAAAGGGAUUCCUCUGAGCGCACUGGCAAAGAAAGUUCAGGCUCGGCUAUAAGAUGAAUGCUAGUGGAUGUGCGCAAUAACUUCUGCUAUAAGAUGAACGGAGGAAACUACACUGAAUAACAGAACUCCGAUCCAGUGGAUGUGUGGAAUAACUUCUGUCGAAUACUAGGUGCCACUUUUUUUCUUUUUCUUUUUUUUUUCAUUUUCUUUCGAUCGGAUGUGCCACUUUUUUAGGAUGCAAGAAAAUGAAGCGCACGGAGAGUGUACCAUGAAGUAGACAAGUGUUACUGUUGUUGGAAUGUCUAUCGGUCAUUAAGUUGAAUAUAUUGAGACCUCUCCUGUGGUAAUAAAUGUAGCCAAGCUA